AUGGAAGAAUACACUGCCAAGCAGGUCGCUGAGCAUAACAGCCCUGACGAUGCAUGGCUAAUCAUCCACGGCCAAGUCUACGACGUCACAACCUAUCUAGCAGAUCACCCUGGCGGUGCCGAUGUGCUCACUGAAGCAGCCGGUACAGACGCCAGCGAAGACUUUGACAACGCUGGACACUCGGAAGAUGCCUUUGAGAUCAUGAAAGACUGCUGCGUUGGCAAGAUCCGGGGCUUCGAGAAGAAGAAACCCAAGCUUAAGCCACUUGCAUCAGUAAAGGAAGUGAAGGUCCAGUCCGAGGCUCCCUCGUCACUGUCUGUGCUGGUGACCUUGGGCUUUAUUGCCUGCACAGGUGCAGGAGCAUACUACUUCUGUCGCCGUCAAGGACUCAUGGUACCAGACUGGCUGGUAGCGUCGCUACGUAGUGAUUCAGCUGGGUCAAGCUUCCUCAAGGGUAUAGUCGUCGGAGGUGGAUCUCUUGCGAUCGCCAAUGCUGUGGCUGCAAAGCAAUUCACCACCAUGGCAAUGAAGAGCAAGACAUUCACCAGUUAUCCUGCCCACAUAAAGAUUCCCAAACGAGCUGAAGAAGACACCUUGCUGCAGAGAGGACUCUUGGAUCCAGUCACUUACUCGCCACUUCCGCUGAAGCAAAAGGUUCUCAUCGCACCAAACGUCUAUCGCUUGACGUUUAGUCUUCCGACCACGAGCACCAUCCUGGGUCUGCCGAUCGGGCAGCAUGUUACCAUCAAAGCCGACGUGGAUGGAGAGAGCGUCGCUAGGUCAUAUACACCAGUGUCUAACAAUUCCGACCUUGGCGUUCUGGAACUGGUCAUUAAGUCAUACCCAGAUGGUAAGCUCACAAGCAAGUAUCUGGCGAAGCUCGAGGUUGGAGACGAGGUCCUCUUCAGAGGGCCCAAAGGAGCAAUGAAGUAUCGACCGAAUCUUUGCAAGAAGAUCGGUAUGAUCGCGGGUGGUACUGGUAUAACUCCCAUGUUCCAGGUAAUCCGUGCUAUCUGCGAGCAUGACCGCGACACGACAGAGAUCUCUCUUAUCUACGCAAAUAGAACAGAGCAGGAUAUUCUGCUUCGGGAAGAGUUGGACAGGUUUGCGAGGAGAUAUCCCAAGAACUUGAAGUUGUAUUAUAUGCUGGACCAACCACCAGCGGACUGGAAGUUUGGGUCUGGGUAUGUGACUCGAGAGUUGAUGAAGGAGAGAUUGCCGUCCCCGAGGGUGGACUCGAAGGUUUUCUUAUGUGGGCCGCCAGGAAUGGUCAAUGCCUCGAAGAAGGCACUUGUUGACUUGGGUUUUGAACAGCCUGGGGCGUCGGCGAAGAUGUCGGACCAGAUUUUUGCAUUUUAG